CAGAGUUGAAGACGUUGAUAGUAAACGAAGUAACUUCAUUGUAAAUACCAAAUUCACUUUAUAGAAACUCUUUCUUAAAGAUCGAUUAAUUUCUGCGUCUGCCUGAUAUAAGUGCGAUGCAGUGCCAGUGCAAUACUAGAAAUACAUCACGUAGUGAGAAACUUUUCACAUUAUUAGUCAAUUAGCUUAAUUUGUUGGACAUAUACAUCUUAUCUUAAUGUGCCCAUCUUCACAUAUAAGAGUGUAACACUUACCACGAGUGUAAUAGUUAUUCACAACAUGCUGGUAUUUCUUGCGUUAUUAAUGGUGCACCAAGGCUUUGGUUCAUCUUACUUGAUUACCGGGACAAACCAGUGGGGAUUUCCGCAACCUUCACCGAUUCAGCAAUUCCAAAGCAGCUUCAAUUGGCCAUACCAAAAAACCAUUCCUUACCAUCCAAUGUCACAACCCUAUUACACGUCGCCAAACCGGGAACGUGAUUAUGAAAUUCGUGCAAUUAAGCAAAGUCAAUCAGCUAUAUUCCGCCUGCUUAAAUGUAUAAUGGAAAAUAAUGCCCUAGAAUACUGUCGCAUGUUGAUGGACCAUAUGGAACUGUUCGAACAAGAUCAAAGGAAACCAGUUACAAUUAUCCAACCUAUUGUAAUUUACAUAAACACGUAUGCUGAACAGAGCCAACCUUCUUCAUUGCCUAAACAACCUGAAGAACCCAUCCCUACAAAAAUUCCUGCGGUCAAAUUUCCGGAAAAUGAUACACAAUUUACGAGCAGUCCAGCACCAAUUACUACGAAUCGCACACCAGAGGCACCGAUGGCGUCUCAAAUUAAUGAAGAAACUACAAUUGAACCUUACACCCAUUCACAGACUACCAGUAGCGCAAAGCUUACUACGAAAAAUGAGGAAGCGAUUACUGAAAUUACUAAAGAACAGAUUGAACCCACGACGCCCUUAGAUUCCCUCGUUUUUCUGGAGAAUGCAGAAGAAAAUAAUGAAUCCAAUAAGUAAUAUACGGAUAUACAAUUAAAUUGCAUGCAAAAACUGUGUAUAAAAUACAUCCGGCAUUUACAGGUAAUUUACACCAUUACCAAUGCUUAAGCCUAAUUAUAAUCCAUUACAAGCGGUAUCAUCGAUGUAGUAAAAGUCAAGGUAAAGGUCAAGUUCUAUUGUUGCGAAUAAAAAGUACGAGCAAUGUCA